AUGACACGUGAAAGACAUCAACAUCUUGCUCUGCCAUCGAAAGUGGCUAAAAUAAAUCGUCUUCGCUUCUUUAGUCAUAUAUUAAGGAGACCGGCAGAUCGCCUUGUUCAACGAGUUCUGGGGAGUUUGCCGGGUUCAAGCUGGAAGAAGCCACCCGGCCGAAAACGGAAGUUCUGGACUGAGGUGGUGAAAGAGGACCUGAGGACACUUGGCGUGGAUAGGCAGUUCAGGCGAGACGUAAGGUUUCGCAGAAUAUGGAACAGCGACGAAUGGAUUCUGUGCAAGCUCUCGCAGAAGACCGAGAAGGUUGGGCAGAGCUGUGUUAAGGGACGGCACACCUCGGCGAAGAUGCGAGUAAUCGCGUCAGGCGAUGACAUCAGCCUGUCGAUUAAGUCAAGUAAGUCAUACUUAUAUUAUUAA